AUGCCACUGGAGCCGCUGAUCUGUGCCAGGACAGCCACGCGGGUGAGCUCCGUGCUGAACCGGGACGGGAAGCAGUUCGGGAAGCAGCACAUGUUUGACGGCAGCGAGGAGACCUGCUGGAACUCCGACCAGGGCACCUGCCAGUGGGUGGCUCUGGAGUUCCCCAGCACCGUCAAGGUCUCGCAGCUCCACGUCCAGUUCCAGGGGGGGUUCUCCAGCCGGCUGUGCACGCUGGAAGGCUGCAGAGAAGGUGAGGAGCUGCUGAAGAUCUCACAGCUGUACCCUGAGGACACCAAUGCCAUGCAGAGAUUCCAGGUGGAGGAGACAGUGCUGGACAAGCUGAGGAUCACCUUUGAGAGCAGCACUGACUUCUUUGGCAGGGUUGUGGUCUACCACCUGGGUGUGCUGGGGGAGAAGCUCUAAGGCAGCAGCAAGGGACAGCACUGGGGGGCACUCCCUCAGCCCCUGGGUACCCCCCUGGAGGGGCGCAACAGCCCAGCAAACCCUGCCAGCAGCACCAGACUGCACCCCAGAGCACCAAGAGGGGACCUCCAGCCCAGGGCAUGGCAGUGACAGAGGGACACAAG